AUGGCUUCAACAGAGAACGGCAAAUCAGCGACCACACCAAAGAAACUAAGUAUCGUCGAUAGUAUUAUGCCAUACGCCGAUCCUUCCGGUAAGGCGUCCAUGUCGAUAGAGACCGAAGUUGUGAGUAGCAGUACUACGCAGACAAAACCUAUACAGACUAUUUGGUACGAAACACCUCAGAUCGGUGUUGUCUCAAGUAGAUCACCCUCUCCAACAACCAGAAGGUCAUACGAGUUGGGCGAAUCAGCGGCAAGCAAACGCCGUGUAAAGUCGCCCUCUUACAAAAUCGCACUGGCGGACCCGAGAUUGAAAGAGUUUGUGGUAGAAAUGCCGUCUGAUCCCGCACCCAAGCCAAAUGCGGAUGCCUCCGCAACAUUAGCCGUCUACCUUGCCUCUAGACCAUACCAGAUGUUUUGUCCAAAUUGCCCUAUCAACCCACACGUCUCAUCGGCAUCGAUGAUGUUUUCCUCACUUUCCUCGAUGAAUUAUACUAGUCAAGAUGGAAAACAAGCAUCCAAAUCGGUGAAGCCAUUCUUCAAUUCGCUGUUUUCUUCCUCCGAGUUUUCAAGCAUGUUUGCGAAUAUAUUUGGAGUACCUAAACAGCAAAAUGGGGAUAUUGGAAAGCCUGAGGGUGUCAUAUCUGAGCAGGAUUCAGAAGCUGUGGAAAUCAUCAAAAGCGACAAUGACGACGAAGAGGCACAAUUGAGUCUUAAAAAAUUGACACUACCUUUAUUAGAAUGUGCAAUAGAAACAUAUACCGAGCAGUCGCCUAAUAAUGCUGCGUUAGACAUAUCCUCAUCUCUGCAUAAUGGUGAUCCCAAGUUCCUGCUUAAUACUAUACGGACUGCGUUCUCAUCACGUGAGAUACUUAAUGAUAGUUUUCUUAAAACGUCUGCACAAAAGUCUUCACAUCCAUCAGGAAUUGACUUGGUGUCACUUCGAAAAGCCUAUGACCUUAUAUUUGAGUUAGAACCAAAAGCAUUGUUUCGGUCGACCGUAUUUGAUGCCUUGGAAAUUUUGCUCUCAAAAGUUUUGGUGGAUCCAAAAGUUCUCGAUCAGGAAGAUGUGUCAAUAAGAUAUCUACUAAUUGUAUUGGAGGCGUUGUUAGAUUCAUCCGAUCGCGUUGUACCAAUAUCAAUAGUUGCCAAAAUGGUUAAAAUAUUGGCAUACACGUGGGAUAGAAAAGGAUUAGCGUGUGACCUGAUUAUCAAAUGGCUUUCGAGAUUCCUUGGGGAUCGAUAUCAUCCGCCACCAGCCUUGUUAUCAGAAGAAAUAAUGUGUGCUGCUAAAACGAUCACAAUGAUAUAUAAGGCAAACGAAAUUGCAUCCCCCAAACCUAUUGUAUCGCACGUAUUAUUCUAUAAUGAUUAUUUAAGUGAAAAGAUGAAGACAAAGGAAGAGUAUAAGGUCUGGAAGAGAAUUCACGGAAAUGCUGGGUCACGGCUGGCAUCUUCAACAGUGUUUACAUUUUUGGACUAUCCAAUACUACUUGAUCCCGUUGAUGCCUGCGUCCAUCAUGCUUUCUAUAUACAAACCCAGCGUCAUCUACCAGAGCCUCCUCGUGAUACCGAAACUCUCCAAGCGCGUACCAUACCAGUUCUCUUCUUUGAGAUUCGCCGUGAAUUCCUUGUCCAAGAUGCAUUAGAUCAAAUAAUCACAAAACAGCAUGACCUAAAAAAACCUCUGAAAGUAAAGUUCGGAGCAGGCGAGGACGAAGCGCAAGAUCAGGGUGGCGUUCAGAAGGAAUUUUUCCAGAUUUUGCUAGAGAGUCUAAUAGAUCCGAAAUGGGGAUUGUUUAUAUUUGACGAGCGAACAAGAUGUCAUUGGAUUAACGGCGCGUCCGAUGCUAGUGAUAGGAAAUUUGAACUAGUAGGAGUAGUACUCGGGUUAGUAGUAUUUAAUGGGAUAAUUGUGGAUAUCAAUUUGCCAAAGGUGUUUUACAAAAAGUUGUUAGGUUGGGAGGUAACGUUUGAUGACUUCAAGGAUAGUUUUCCGGAAAUUGGCAAAGGCUUAGAACAAAUGUUAGCGUGGUCAGAGGGUGAUGUCUAUGAUGUCUACCUGCGUCAUUUUGAGAUUUCAUACGAAUAUUACGGCACUGAACGGAUGUAUGAACUCGUUAAGAAUGGUAACGCUAUUCCUGUAACGAAUGAAAACCGAGAAGAAUACGUGCGCUUGUAUUAUCAGCAUUAUGUACAUAAAUAUGUGGAACGACAAUUCAAUGCUUUCAAGAAGGGGUUUAUGCGAAUGUGCGAUGGAAUGAUUACAAAGUUACUGAGACCAGAAGAACUGGAAUUAUUAUUAUGCGGUAAUCGAGACCUCAAUCUGGAUGACCUAAAAAACCACGUGAAAUAUGAAGGCGGAUUUGAUCCAUCACAUCCAACAAUACGGAGCUUCUGGGAUGUGUAUUCAGAACUAACAGUAUCCCAGAAACGUGAUCUACUCGCUUUCGUUACUUCGAGUGAUAGAAUUCCAAUUCGAGGUUUUAGUGACGUAUCAUUUACUAUUCAGCGCAACGGUCCCGAUUCAGACAAGUACGAUGAAUCCAUAUCAUUCGUAAUGAAAUCAAUUGCACCAGUAUUACCGACGGCGCGUACAUGCUUUGGAAUUCUCCUUCUACCGGACUACAAAACAAAGGAUAAGCUUCGCAAUAAGCUUCUAGUUGCUCUUGAGAACCGGCGAGGGUUUGGUAUUGCCUAA